CUGGAGAUACAGAUGACCCACCAAGAAUUACUCAAAACCCUGUUAUCAACGGGAAUGUAGCCAUGAGUGAUGGGCACAACAACACAGAGGAAGAUAUGGAGGACGGGGAGUAACGGGGCAGUUGAAAGGAACCGUCAGUCACGGGCUGCACCACCAGAAGGACUGCUGUUCAGACCUCCUGCCAAAAGUUCAGCCUCCGUGAGAAACUGCCGCCGUAGUUGAGCGUUCUCUCACAGAGCCGUUUACCCCCUGGCAGCUGGCUGAGGCAAUAUCUGAGGAAGACACGAGUUGGCGCUCCGAGGCGACCUUUCAGUUCACUGUCGAGCGCUUCAGCAGACUGAGUGAGUCGGUCCUUAGCCCUCCGUGUUUUGUGCGAAAUCUGCCAUGGAAGAUUAUGGUGAUGCCACGCUUUUAUCCAGACAGACCACACCAAAAAAGCGUAGGAUUCUUUCUCCAGUGCAAUGCUGAAUCUGAUUCCACGUCGUGGUCCUGCCACGCGCAAGCCGUGCUGAAGAUCAUAAACUACAGAGACGACGAGAAGUCGUUCAGCCGCCGCAUUAGUCACCUGUUCUUCCACAAGGAGAACGACUGGGGGUUUUCCAACUUCAUGGCCUGGAGCGAAGUGACUGAUCCUGAGAAAGGAUUUAUAGAUGAUGACAAAGUUACUUUUGAAGUCUUUGUACAGGCGGAUGCUCCCCAUGGAGUUGCGUGGGAUUCAAAGAAGCACACGGGCUAUGUCGGUUUAAAGAAUCAGGGAGCGACUUGUUACAUGAACAGCCUGCUGCAGACUUUAUUUUUCACAAAUCAACUACGAAAGGCUGUGUACAUGAUGCCAACAGAGGGUGAUGAUUCCUCCAAAAGCGUCCCCUUAGCGUUACAAAGAGUGUUCUACGAAUUACAGCACAGCGAUAAGCCUGUAGGAACAAAAAAGCUAACAAAGUCCUUCGGGUGGGAAACCUUAGAUAGCUUCAUGCAGCACGACGUUCAAGAGCUGUGUCGAGUGUUGCUUGAUAAUGUGGAGAAUAAGAUGAAAGGCACGUGUGUGGAAGGCACCAUACCUAAAUUAUUCAGAGGCAAAAUGGUGUCCUACAUCCAGUGUAAAGAAGUAGACUAUCGAUCUGAUAGAAGAGAAGAUUAUUAUGAUAUCCAGCUAAGUAUAAAAGGAAAGAAAAAUAUAUUUGAAUCAUUUGUGGAUUACGUGGCUGUGGAACAACUAGACGGUGACAAUAAAUACGACGCGGGGGAGCACGGCUUGCAGGAAGCAGAGAAAGGUGUGAAAUUCCUAACUUUGCCACCAGUGUUACAUCUACAGCUGAUGAGAUUUAUGUAUGACCCUCAGACGGACCAAAAUAUCAAGAUCAAUGAUAGGUUUGAAUUCCCAGAACAGUUACCACUCGAUGAAUUUUUGCAAAAAACAGAUCCUAAGGACCCUGCAAAUUAUAUCCUUCAUGCAGUCCUGGUUCACAGUGGAGAUAAUCAUGGUGGACAUUAUGUGGUUUAUCUGAACCCCAAAGGGGAUGGCAAAUGGUGCAAAUUCGACGACGACGUGGUGUCCAGGUGUACGAAGGAGGAGGCCAUCGAACAUAACUACGGGGGCCACGACGACGACCUGUCUGUGCGGCACUGCACCAACGCCUACAUGCUGGUGUACAUCAGGGAGUCCAAGCUCAGUGAGGUUUUACAAGCGGUCACCGACCACGACAUCCCUCAGCAGCUGGUAGAGCGACUCCAGGAGGAGAAAAGGAUUGAGGCGCAGAAGCGGAAGGAGCGGCAGGAAGCCCACCUCUACAUGCAAGUGCAGAUAGUUGCAGAGGACCAGUUUUGUGGCCACCAAGGAAAUGACAUGUACGAUGAAGAAAAAGUGAAAUACACUGUGUUCAAAGUAUUGAAAAACUCCUCCCUGACUGAAUUUGUCCAGAACCUCUCUCAGACCAUGGGAUUUCCACAAGAUCAAAUUCGAUUAUGGCCCAUGCAGGCGAGGAGCAAUGGAACCAAACGGCCCGCCAUGUUGGAUAACGAGGCAGACGGCAACAAGACGAUGAUUGAACUGAGCGAUAAUGAAAAUCCAUGGACGAUAUUCCUGGAGACCGUUGAUCCGGAGCUGGCUGCCAGUGGGGCCACGUUACCCAAGUUUGACAAAGAUCAUGAUGUCAUGCUCUUUUUGAAAAUGUAUGACCCCAAAACACGGAGCUUGAACUACUGUGGGCACAUCUACACACCAAUAUCCUGUAAAAUACGUGACUUGCUCCCGGUUAUGUGUGACAGAGCGGGAUUUAUCCAAGAUACUAGCCUUAUCCUCUAUGAGGAAGUUAAACCGAAUUUAACAGAGAGAAUUCAGGACUACGACGUGUCUCUUGAUAAAGCCCUUGAUGAACUAAUGGAUGGUGACAUUAUAGUCUUCCAGAAGGAUGAUCCUGAAAACGAUAACAGUGAAUUACCCACUGCAAAAGAAUAUUUCCGAGACCUCUACCACCGUGUCGAUGUCAUUUUCUGUGAUAAAACAAUCCCUAAUGAUCCUGGAUUCGUGGUUACAUUAUCAAACCGAAUGAAUUAUUUUCAGGUUGCAAAGACAGUGGCCCAGAGGCUCAACACUGACCCCAUGUUGCUCCAGUUUUUCAAGUCUCAAGGUUACAGGGACGGCCCGGGUAACCCUCUUAGACAUAAUUAUGAAGGGACUUUAAGAGACCUCCUGCAGUUCUUCAAGCCUAGACAACCUAAGAAGCUUUACUAUCAGCAGCUUAAGAUGAAAAUCACAGACUUUGAAAAUAGACGAAGUUUUAAGUGUAUUUGGUUAAACAGCCAGUUUAGGGAAGAGGAAAUAACACUCUAUCCUGAUAAGCAUGGGUGCGUCCGGGACCUGCUGGAAGAAUGUAAAAAGGCUGUUGAGCUCGGGGAGAAGGCGUCAGGGAAACUUAGGCUGCUGGAGAUUGUAAGCUACAAGAUUAUUGGUGUGCACCAGGAAGACGAGCUGUUAGAAUGCUUAUCCCCAGCGACGAGUAGAACGUUCCGAAUCGAGGAAAUCCCUCUGGACCAGGUGGACAUAGACACGGAGAACGAGAUGCUGGUCACCGUGGCGCACUUCCACAAGGAGGUGUUCGGGACGUUUGGUGUUCCGUUUCUGCUGAGGAUACACCAGGGCGAGCACUUCAGAGAAGUCAUGAAGCGGAUUCAGAGUUUGCUGGACAUCCAGGAAAAGGAGUUCGAGAAGUUUAAAUUUGCCAUUGUGAUGAUGGGCCGACACCAGUACAUCAACGAGGAUGAGUAUGAAGUGAACUUGAAAGACUUUGAGCCCCAGCCUGGUAACAUGUCUCACCCUCGGCCUUGGCUAGGGCUCGACCACUUCAACAAAGCCCCAAAGAGGAGUCGCUACACUUACCUGGAAAAGGCCAUUAAAAUCCAUAACUGACUUCCUUACCCAGUGUGUGCAAGGCGAGGGGCCGUGCGUGGGUGUGUGCCCCUUUUUAACAGCCUAGAACUUUGGUCCACGUGCACUCUGUCCGAAGUCUUCAGCAAGAGGGUUUGCUGCUGAUGUUAAUUUUAUUUUGUUGAGGCUGUUCAGUUUGGCUUCUCUGUAUCUAUUGACUGCCCUUUUUGAGCAAAAUGAAGGUGUUUUUAUAAAGCUUGGAUGCCAAUGAGAGUUAUUUUACGGUAACCACAGUGCAAGGCGACCGCCAGCAUAACGGGGGUGGAAGGGGCGAGGGCCGCGAGGCUCUGGCGAGAGGCCUCUGGUGUGUUCCCAGCGGGCGGAGGCCGCCCGGCUGCCUUCCUGGGGUCGCGGUCUCCGGCCCCGCCGCUGGGCUCGCGUGGAGGCUCGUCUGCCCUGUUUCCCUCCGUUCUACUUGCCAUGACCUUCUGUGCAUCUGUAAAGGCAAAACAGAGAAACUCACAACCUAAUAAAUAGUGCUCUUUCCUUCACUGCGUGUACUGUCCCCCUUCCUCGGUCCUCCUCCCGCUGCCUGGGUCUCCGUAAACGUGUCUCAGCCGCCAGCCACCAGCAUUCCGCAGCCGCGCACACUGUGGAGGCGCCGGAUACGGAUGCGGGCCUGGUGGGUGGUCCCGGGUCUUUCUGUUCACUUGGAAACACCGGGCAGAUCGAGGUGUGCUCUGCUGCCCCUCGGCAGGCCUAGCGAGCUCACCGUCCCUGCAAGCAGUGAAGCGGGUGUCAGUAGAAGUUCUCGAAGCGGAACAGACGGAAUGAGACGAGGAGGGCCUUUUAGCAAAGAGGGCAUGCUCACUAGUGGUCAGUAAGCUGUCGACUUUGUAAAAAAGUUAAAAGAAAAAAGAGAAAUGAAAUUGUAUAUUUAAUGAAUGAACAUGUACAAUUCGCCACUGGGAGGAGGUGACUUUGUUGGGUGCAUUUAAGUGACUGUCACUGAUGUUGAUACUCAUUGUGUGUAGUUUUAUCUCAGUCCCAGGCUUGUUUCCUUUUCUUUUGGAGCUAAUGCUGGCUGCGCGUCUAGUUUUGAGUGCAGUAAAAUAGAAUCAGCAGAUCACACUUAUUUUUCAUCCUUUCCAGGAUUUUUGUUUGUUUCUGUAGCAGCAGUGUACACCAACUCUUCCUGUAUAUUGCCUUUUUGCUGGAAAAUGUUGUAUGUUGAAUAAAAUUUUCUAUAAAACCUA